CAACCGCAAUAUUAUUCUCCUCUAACACCAUUAAUCUGUGAUUCCGUGCAGUCUCUCUUCUCCUUACGAAUCCAAGAUUCUCCACUUUGUGAUGUCAAUGCAAGCAUGUGGUACUUGAUGCUGUGGCGGCGGCUGCGGUGGCGGCCAAGCGUGCGACUUCAGGGUUCAAACCCCGCGACGACAGCGACGGCGACGGCGACGGCGACGCGUGCCUGGCCUUGAUCUCAGUUGGCCGUUGAGCGAGCUCUCACAGCCUCGUAGGGCCAUCGCCUACUGUCACCUGAACUAGCCACCACCUGCCGAUGAUGCAGGGAGCGGAGAAGCAUCAGGGGAAGGGCAUCGCUGGAGGAGGUUGUGCUAUCUGCAACUGCUAUGCUAUUAGGCUGCUAAACUAGGGCAUAUUAUAUAUACAAUUGCAUUGACAAUUCGACUCAAGUUCCAUCAAUCAACGUCCAAACAAACCAAUUUAUGUGCUUUUUUUUUUCUGGACGUACGUUGACCUUCCAGACCGAGUAACUGACCACACAUGUUCUUCAACCCAACCCACCUUCUCUGACGUUGCAACGGAAAGUUCAGAAGUCAGAAUCGAGAGCAGCAAGGAUCCACAUUAUUCUGGACAGCAACCAACCAAGAUUCGGUUCCAGAGUUCCAAUCGGCUGCGGCGUCCUCGAAAAAAAAAAAAACCAGCUUUCCGAAUGGCAUUUGGCAAGAUGAGGUAAGCCUGGUUUGGUAGAGGUGAAGAGGGUCUAGUAGUAUUUCGCUAGAUCUUGUGACGUCCCUUGUGUUGUGCGUGAAGGCACUAACAAGACGAAACAAGAAUCGUCCACAGCGCUUCCUCGCCCCGCAGCACUCCAUCGCCCCGCAGCACUCCAUCGCCCCGCACCGGCUUACACUGUCCUCGAUCAGCACCAAAGCCCAACCACAGAGGCGUUGCGCACCAUCCUGUCCAGCAGGGGUGCAGGGAUUGCAUCCCAUUCACACCCUCUCUGCCUCCAACUCCCCCUCCCUCCGCAACUCCUCAUCCCUUCGACUCGCCCCUCCGCCGAGCGCCCCUGAGGCCGCCGUCGCCGGGCACCGAGGCCGCCCCUGCUGCUGCUGACGACGAGCGCCCCUGAAGCCGCCGCCACCGAGCGCCCUCCUCGCCGCUGUCUCCACCUCCAGUGGCGGCAGCGGAGGCGACAGCAGCGGGUACACCGGCGUGGGCCCCGCUCUACUCGACGGCAACAACUUGGGCGCACCUCAGUACCGCAGCCGCGACGAUUGAUUCCAGCCCCCUCGAUACACUCCGACACAGCUCCCCAGACACCUCAUCCACUACUGGCCCCUAGCAAGCUCCCCCAGAUCCUCCGUUGGGUGAAUCUUGCCGGCAAGCAAGGUAGGCAGCGCGGGUGCGUGGCUGACUAGAGAGGCGCCGUGGGCACCUAACCGGGCGUCGGUGCGGCAUGGACGGCCGCCGAGCCGUUGUGGUGUUUCGGGCAGCGUUGGUGCCUUGACCACAAGAGGAGGGGACGAGAGCUGUGAGCACGUGAGAGCAGCACGGCCGAACACCUGCUAAGCCGCUGCAGCGUCUUGGGCUGCGAGGAGGCCGGCUGCCGCUGUGGCACGCUACGUCCAGGUCCACCACGAAUGCACGAGCUGUGCCCACCGGCCAGUGUAGGAGCUGGGGAGAGUGGAGACGGUAGCAGAAGGAGCCGGGGAGGGAGAGUGGUAGAGGCGGGGCGGUGUUCCGGUGGGGUCACAUCACAGCCGGCGGCCAGCGCGCUGCCGCUCGCUGCUCGCUGCUCAGCCGCUCCCAGCUUCCCCCCUUGCUCGUAAGCGCACAACCCCGGUGGCGACGGUGCGACGCCUAGCCCUUGAGCCAGGACUCCCUGGCCCUGGCGUCCCGUUUGAGGCUUCGAGCACCGUGUCCUGGCCGGCCACAGCAGCAGCAUCGUCCUCGCUUGCUCCCUUGCCCUUCUGUUCGCCGUUGUCGCCAGCGGCGUUCCAUUUUGCCCCGCGAUCUGUGGACGCAAGGAGCAAGGUUUGUGAUCGUGAGAACCUUUAAAGGGAUCGAGUAGAGAGAAGAUGAAGUCAGGCCAUCCAGGUUUGUUGAAAAUUGAAAAUUUGAUACUCCUUUGAAAAUUGAAAAUUUGAGACUCCUAAUUUAAUUUUUUAUACUUUUAUAUUGUGUUGAAUUGUAUUAAAUUUUUUUAAGAUUCCCGUAGCAACGCACGGGCAUAUGCUAGUCUAUACGUGAAGCAAGAACUUUUGCCAUCUUUACCUGUCGCUUGCAUGGCUGCAGUUUUCGUGUAAUUUUGGUAGGCCUCUUAUAUGAUAGCUAGCUGCCUGAUAGGUUGUUUAUAUUAGUGCGUGUGAACAAUAAUGGUUAACUUCAGGUUGUGGAGAAAGGGUCAUUCCAGACGAGUAUAACAUUAAACAACCCUGACAUAAUCCAUGGAAAAGAUUUAACUCUGACGUGAGGCAUGACAAGGGCCGAUCGACUUCUGAAGCUCAGAAGAAAAAAAAGGGCGGAAAAAAAUUCUUUCGGCGAUAGAUAGGAGUGAGAAAAGGCAAGCAUGGCACACAAAGAAGUCCGGAACUCAGAUGACUUGAAGUGCACUUCACAUGUCACUCCUUGAGGAUCGCAUGCACUUGGACAAGUCGGAUGACCUUGCCUUCUAAGGCAGUAAGGUACAAUAGAUUAUGCUUUCACAAAGCAAUCAUAUACUGUAUUGAAUUGGAUCGGUACUUUUUUUUUCAUGACUUGAUCCAUUCCACCUACGAGGACGACAUUCAGUAACACACGAAAGAAGAGGCACCCGUGUGUGACACUAGCAUAAUCUCGAAUUAUCUUAAGUGUCCAGACCGAUAAAAGAAAGGACCUAAACCGAUAAGGAAUUGAUCUUUAUCUACAAACCUGUCAAACAAACUCACUAAAGGAUAGAAGACAAGUAAAAUUAGUUUUCUUACAGUUUUGACACUAAAGGACAACAAAACUAGCGCCCCACUUAAUUCGCCAAAAGGACAAGAAAAUGUUAUAGCUGCCAAGUAAAUUAGUUUUCUUGAGGAUCAGCAACCUUCAAGAAAAUACUCCAGACCACCAAGGUAAUUGUUUGUUUCAUUGUUGCCCAUCACCACCAAAAAAAUUAUAGUUUUUCUUGCCAAAGGGCCUCUAACUCAGUUGGUUAGAGGAAUCCGGCGGUACUCCUUAGAUUUUGGGUUUGACUCCCCAUGAGAGCGAAUUUUUAUGGGUGGGGCAUAGGUUCAGGGGUUUUCUUAACCUACGUGAGAAGGUCCGGGGUACUGUCUCACAGGUCGAGUUUUUAUUUAUAGUUUUCCUUGAUUGUUUAUAAUUACACUUAUAGUUUUCCUUGAUUGUUUAUAAUCACACUUAGGGCCUGUUUAGAUUUAAAAUUUUUUGGCCCAAAGAGUUGAGAACUAAACGGGGCAAAAAAGCAAAAAAAAUUUAGGGCCAAAAUUUUAGGCUGCAACUGUGCACGCACUCCCAUGGAAGUCCACCAAUAACAACUUGGGCUGCAUGCAGUUGCAGUUGUCAUUGGUGGGCUUCCAUCGGAGUACGUGCACAGUUGCAGUCUAAAAUUUUUGCCCCAAAAUUUUUUAGCCCCGUUUAGUUCUCAGGUCGCAAUUCCACAAAAAUUUUUCUCUUUAGGCCAAAAAAUUUCAAAUCUAAACAGGCCCUAAUGAGUAACUUCCUUGGUGAUGCUUAGAGACCGGCAAGAAAAUAUCCAUAUUCCUUGCCAAUUUUUGUCAACUCUCAAGGAAUACAUAUUUUCUCAGAGCUCUAUGUAAACUACUAAGAAAACUACCGUUUUCAUGGAAGUUUCAUUUUGACACUCAAGGAAAUGAUCAUCCCUCAAGGCAAUUGCGGAUUCGAUAGUGUGAUGUCACUGUAAAAGAUUCUUUCUUUCUAUUUUUUCUACAAAACAUAUAUGAACCUAUGCAUAUAUAGGGCUUGUUUGGACGAAAAAUUAAUAUAUCUGGGGCCAGCUCACUUAGGCCAUUUUUUUCCCAACGUCUAGAGCUAGAUCGACUCGAACCAAAUAAACCCAUAUACGCUCACCUUAUUCUCAUGAAAGUUUGUGAGAAACUAAGCCAACAGAAUUUGAGAUCACGAACAUCUUGUUGUCACGUUGCCUAUACCACAAAUAUUUUUUUUAUAAAAAAUACGAACAUCCGUUUGGCUUAUAGAAAACAAAUUACAUAUGCAUACUUCGCACAAUUCACAUUUUCAAAUUAAUAAUAACCAAAGAAAGUCAACCUGCACACAUGAUCCUAUUGUACUGAUCACCUUUGACAAAAUCAGCAAGUUGUGCAGCAGCAACCUGUGUUUUUUUUUUCAAACAAACUACGCGAGCAAAACCAGCAGGAAACAGGCGUAUAAAAAACAGCAAACCGACGCAUUGACCUCGAGAUCAUUGCUCCCUCUCUCUACUAUAUACUACUCCCUCUCCGCGACAUGCACAGCGUUGACGUCGCACUCGCAACCUCUCCGGAUCCGAGCAGCUCCUCCUCCUACCUUCAAACCCAAACAAAACCGCACCAAACGAUCCAAAGCAGGGGCGCGCCACGGAUCGCUGUCUGCACCAACACCAACGCCGACGCCUCACCUCGAGCUAGUCGUGUCGUGCGUGGCCACUUGGCUCGCCGCCUCGCCGGCAAGCUCGGCACGCCGCGAUGGGCUCCGGCGGGACGCCGCCCGUGGGGCUGACACCGGUGGACAGCAGCUCCAGCGGCAUGUUCAGCACCGACCGCAUCGGCGGCUUCGGCUACGGCGUCGGCGUCUCCGUCGGCAUCCUCCUGCUCAUCACCACCAUCACGCUCGCCUCCUACUUCUGCACCCGAGCGCCCGUCGACGCGGCGGCGGGGGAGGCUGCUCCGUCGUCCCGGCGGCGCCACGGCGGCGGCCGGGGCGGCGGAGCCGGUGGUGGCGAAGGCGCGCACGACGACGUCGAGCUCGGCAUCGACGAGGCCACGCUCAAAGGGUAUCCGGAGGUGGUGUACGGCGAGGCCAAGAAGGAGGCCAAGGCCGCCGGCAAGAAGGGCACCACGUGCACGUGCUGCUCCAUCUGCCUCGACAACUACGGCGACGGCGAGGUGCUCCGGAAGCUGCCCGAGUGCGGCCACCUGUUCCACCGGGAGUGCGUCGACCCGUGGCUCCGCCACCACCCGACGUGCCCCGUGUGCCGGACGUCGCCGGUGCCCAGCCCCAUGCCGACGCCGCUCGCCGAGGUCACGCCGCUGGCAAUGGCCAGGAUGUCGUCGUGACAACAGGCACGAACCGGCUUCUUUUCUUUUCUUUUCUUCUUCUUCUUCUAAAAAUUCUUUGCUUUCUUGCCCAUAGUCCAUAGAUACUGCUGUACCACUACCAGCAGUGUGGUGGAUUUGCCAUUGCCAGAUUGGGGCACAUGAUAAAUUUGAAAAAAAAAAUAGAAUGGGCGAAAAUGUUCAGGAUAGUAGGAAUUAGAAUAAUCUUUUCUUGGGUGUAAUUGUAAAUUUGGGUUCAGCGUAUUUUUGUUUUCUCCUUGAUGAAAAACAUAGCUUUGAAUUAGGAUUCUGUACGGAUGACAAAUAUUUGACGAAUCUUUCGAAUUAUAUGGAACCGCGAUUUUUGUUU